GUUAACCGUAUAUAAAAAUACACGUAGUAGACGUACAUAUGUACCUACCAUGGUGGUACCUACAUAAACAACUUUUUGUUGAUUAAUGUGCUCUCCAUUUGUUAUUAGUAAUAAAUAAGCUGGUGUUGUGUGUUAAAAUUUUAGCGGUUCUCGCGAUUUUUAACAGUAAAGAGGUUAAGGACCCUCUUUUCUUUUUUGGUGGUGGUGGUGGGAGGACUUGUUUUGCUGUGUUUGUAUUACAGAUAAAAUGGCUCUUCUACCCACCAAAUACUCAGUGCUGCCGUCAGUACUGCUGUUCACACUGGCCAUCAACACGGUUCCAGCCAAGCCAUCCGCUAUGGACCUCUCGAAGGUGUCAAAACGUAGCUACUACCCUUGGGCCGCCCCCGGAACCCCUUCCGGGGUGUCUUUACUUAACGCUGCCAACGUGUACAAACCGUCCCCGUACACGAUCACCCGCCCGUACUACAUCCCGGUUUACGGUUUAUCGGGGGGCAACUACCUGUUCUACCCCCCGCAGCCCCUAUACACGAACGUGGGAUCACCACCAGAUAAUCCAAUGAAACCGGCCUUUCAAGGGCCCACCUACUUACCGCCCAAGGAAAAACCGCCCCAAGAAGGUGGGGAUAUUAAUAACCGUUUCGGGGAGGACGACGAUGACGAUAGACCCGUAUGGGGUGGGGCUGCUAUGAACACCAUGCCUUUAAGUGGAGAUCAACCGAAAGAGUGGUCCGUGGUACCCACACGACCUCCAGGGGCGGCUCUAAGACCCGCCCCCCCGUUGAUCCGGGAUCCCGUUAGUACGUCGGAGAGUUCCACCCCCGCUAGGCCUCCCGCUCCCCCUCCAGGACCGAGCAAUUGUGUGUGGGCGAUUAUUUCCUGUUGCUCGGCUACCGAUCCCAGUGUGUUGCCUCAAAAUUGUUUCGAGGCUCGGGGAUGUCCCGGACCGUUUUGGGGGGACAGUCCUUGUAUGGGGGAGUACGCUAAGGCGGCCAUCGAUUCGGCUGUCAAGUACUUUGGGGAAGGGUGAGGGUGCUAGUGAGAGUGAUAUGAGAGGAGGGUUGUUGAAGGACAAAGUGUGGUGCAUUGUGAUUUUGAUGGCCAUUUUGAAUGGUUCUUAGGGGUAUAAGUGACUUUGAUUGUCUGUUUGCUUAAGAGUUAAAUGGCAAGAAACCAGUUCCUUAUUUAUGUUUUUUUUUUAGGAUUUUAACUACUUAGAAUAUUAGUGAUUCUAAUGUAUUUAUUUUAUAUGUAUAUUUAUAUUUAAAAAAUAUUUUAUAUGUAUUUUUAUUGUAAAUAAAUAUUAACAUGUUUUUUUUUU